AUGGUCAAGAAUGUGGGACUUGUGAUUGAUCGUGGUCUUAAUAUCUGCGUAAUUUCACUUUUGAUAUCAUGGGAACAACGAAUCUCAUCACUCCACAAAUAUCCCAUGGCAUCAAUAAACCUUCUGAGAAAGGACCAAACUGUUUGCGUUGCCCUGGACUAUUAUAGAUAUUGUGUCACUCGUUCCCUCCUUCAAUCGAGACCACCUGAUCGGAAAAUAGUUAUAAUUAGGUACAUCGAGCAUUACCGGAGAUGGGAACCACUUGGUACUCUGGUCGGUCGUUGUCCUUAUUACUCAAAUGAUUAA